AUGUCGCAUACACCACCACGCCAGACCAAUGGGUCAACAACCAACAAAUUACGAGACAGCUGCCAUGCGUGUGCAUUAUCCAAGGUCAAAUGCCACAAAGAAAAACCAACAUGCUCGCGAUGCGCAAGACGCAAUAUCACCUGUGAAUAUUUUGUCACGAAACGUCCAGGGCGUAAGCUUAACAAUGGCCAGCCCACAAGCACAAGCAAUACCAACCAUAACAGCCGUCAGUCGACCAGCGCCGAGCGAUCAGAAUUUCAGACUGUACCAGGCCUGUGGCCCGACUCCACACACUCAGCAUCUGAUGCCGCGUUAUCUACACCCAAGGACAACCCAAUGACUGGUCUAUGUCUCACUCCCACAUCAAUGUCACCCGGACGCGGGGUUACCAUUGCUGGCGCUGAACCCUCCUCGUCGUCUUCAGACGAUUUCUCCUGCUUGUCGAUGCCUAUGGAACCUACGUUCGCAGGAAUAAGCAACGAAUUCGAUGACUUUUUUCCCUCGUCAAUUGACUUCCUCGAGCUAGAUACGCUGGAAACUAAUAGCUUCAUGCAAGAAAACAAUGAUCUUGCAAAUCUUCUUAUUCCGGAUGAGACUAAUUACGCCCGGGUUCAAGAAGCAGCCAUCAUUAACCGCCCGAAAUCUCAUGCAUAUAUGUCAACCUCUCCAUCGUUGAACGCUCGAGCGCGGCCAGCAACUCACACCCAUACAAUCUGCUGUCUGAUGCAGGCAUUGGAGCUCCUGAAGCCAUCGUCGAGUAAAGCACCAGCUUCGCCGGUAACCGAAGAUAUCACGACUUCCAACGACAUAGUUCAGGGCUGCUAUGCCUCAGCUCAAACCGUGGUCAUGGAGAAUAAACAGACCAUCGAAGCAGUUAGCAACAUGCUACAAUGCUCAUGCACCGAAGAUGGCUACAUCCUGGUCAUGCUAUCGAUGAUUGUCUUCCAGGUCUUGAGGCGAUACGCAGCAGUGGCACAAAACCAGUCCGGAGGAGUAACCCAGGCAGGUGGGAGCUCCUCCACAAAUGAUCAAAGCGUACAGCGCAUGGCAGCCCAGUUGAUUCUCAGCGAGUUGCACCGCGUGCAGCAAUUGGUAAAUCAGCUUUCACCAAGACUCAACCCGGAAGGGGCAGCAGGAGCGGAGCGCAAGGCUGCAAAAACAAUCAAGGAGUCCUUUUCCCCUACAACUUUGACCCAAAUAGAGAUAGAUCUGCGCAAGUGUAUUACUACGGUAUCCUCAGUAGUUAUCAACAUGCUACGUCAAUUUUAG